AUGAAUUCUCUUAACAAUUGUGUACAGGAGUUCAUCGAACAACAUUCAUCCACACUUUUCUCAUCAGACAAUGCAAAUGAGACACAUCGUCAUCGACUAAGUCGGUUUUCUUCGUCGAAUCUUGACAUCGAAGAUGAGGAUCCAAACCUUUUUGUUAUAACUCCACCAAUCGAGUAUUUUCUCCAUGUACCAUCUCGACUUUGUCGAGAAGAGUUUUUCAAGUUGAUUCGUCUUGGUCAUCUUCUCAUUUGUACUGUUCUUACUGCUAAUUCACGUGAUAUGCUCAUGCGAAUUCUAUGUUUCGAUGAUGGACAUCGCCGAGCACUACAUGAUCUCAAACUCACCGCAACUUGUCUAUUGAAUACUGCUAGUAGUAAAAAGCAUGAUCAGUACAGAAAAUAUCGAUACAAUCGAGAUAAAGAUGAGAUUAGUGAUGAAGAGAACGAUGAUGGAGAAUAUCAGAGCGGCGAUUUUGUACGAGUAUGCGUGAGUCAUGUCGAUGUGCAAAAAGAGGAAAUUCAUGUGACGAUCGAUCCAUCUGCAAACCAACGUUGUCAAUCGUCGAAAAAAUUGGGUCUUAUCAAUGAAGAUAAUUUACCUCCACAUUUUCUACUAUUGCGUCGUCAAGAAGAACAAUGUCAAUCUUAUGAAGAUAUUCUCCAGAUGUCAAAAGCAUUGAAUAACCGAGCAUGCGUUCAAACCCUAUACCAACGAUUAAAGAAGCGAUUUGAACAUUUCCCUGUGCAACAGAAUAAUGAUAGCGAAGCAGCGAAUGACAUAUUGCAUAUGACUUUAAUCGAUUCCUUCAAACGAAAACAGAUUCCAUCGGAUGAAUACUUUGAUAAAUUACGUCAAAAGCAGGAUCAUCAGUGGGCUAUUGAAAGCGUUGCUGAAGGUGUACGACUGAUGAAAGAAAACGAUUCCAGUUCAGCUGUACUUCAUUUCAAUAAAGCGUUGGCCACGGAUCCAAAAUGUGUGGAUGCACUUGUCGCACGCGGUGCAUUAUCAGCCAACCAGGGCCAUUACAAACGAGCUAUGCAAGAUUUCGAAGAUGCAUUAAAAAUUGAUAAUAAACAUAUCAACGCGUUGAAAUAUCUGCACGAUGUCUUGAAUAACAUUGCUAACGAUAUGGAUGAUUAUGAUGACGCGAUCUAUUAUUUGGAAAAGGCAUUACGGUACAAACCAGAUGACACUGAAACCGAACGAAAAUUAGAAACGUUACGUGCGAAAAAAAAAGAGGCCAUACGAAAGUUGGAAUAUGGACCAUCGUUGCCAUCGAAUUUGCGCUCGUCCAAAAAAAUUCGAUCAUCAAAAUCGCCGAAAAGGAAAAGAUCAUCAGUGAAAGGUUCAUCGUCCGUUCACAAUGGAUCGAAACGGAAACGGAAACGAACCAGAUCUCGUACGAGUAGUAGUCGAUCAAGUUCAUCUUCGUCAUCAUCAUUCUCAUCUUCAUCGUUGAGUGAUUCAACGACCAGCCAUUCCGUAUCAACCAUCUCAUCAUCAUCCUCUACUGAUCAGAAAAAGUCGAAAUCAAUACCAGUCAUUGACAUUACAGACAAGGAUGCAUCGACUACUACCCGAACCAAUGUGCCGUCUAAAUCCUCUGAACAAAUCCAUUCGUCAAACAAGAAACCGUCUUCAGCAGAAUCGAAUAACAAUGGAAAUAGUUGGAAUUUCAAGUGGGAUCGCUCAUAUUCCAAUGAUCACUCAUUAGACAAAAACCAAUCCACUUCACAGCGGAAGACUUUACCAUCAGCCGUCGAAUCUGUUCUAUCGAUCAAAGAACAGCAACAAAAAAGAUCUUCAUCGACUACGAAUAAGAAGACAUCCACAAUAAAUGAUCGAGAGGCACAAGACAUCGAAAAACUUUAUAUGGAAUUGAAAGCUAAACAAAGCAUGGAGAAACGAAAGAAAUGA